AUGGAGUGCCUCAAAAAUUGUUGCAGAAACUUAACGCGGAAGAAGCAGCAUGAGCACGAAACUCAAGUGAUCACCAUGAAGCUGCCGGCCCCUGUCCCAGUGAAGCAGCAGCCUGUGGAGCGGAGCGCCGUCCCAGAGGACUAUCUUCUGUCCAAACUGCCGGUGGACGGCCGCGUGGUGCCCUUUGUCCUGCCCACGGUGAAGACCUCCUACGUCCAGCCCAGGGGCCAGAUGUUCCCCAACUUACAGCCUGGACUACAGAGUUCGGCCAGGUGCACGUAUGCAGAGAGAAAAGCAGAGUUACUGGCGUCUACCACAUACAGCCCCGAGUCAAACCUUCGCUUGGUCCAAAUGAACGAGCACAACUCUCCGGGGUCACUGCGCCGCAAGACCAUCAAGAACCGCCACGCACAAAGCCCCAAAGGAGCUGUGCUGAAGCCCAGUGAGCAGAAGCUGAGCAGCUCCAUGUUUGACCUGUCCGCUCCUCAGAGCCACAUGCAGCGGUUCGAUUCUUCCUCCAGUGUCUUCAGCAGCGAAUCCUCCAUGAAAGACUCCAUAGAAAGCCUGGACUCCAUCACAUUAUCGGGUGACGAGCGGGAGUUGGGUAAAGUGUGUGUCCACGUGAGCUAUCAGGAGGCUCUGGAGCAGGUGUGGAUCACCCUGGUGCAGUGCUCAGACUUAUGUUUGACGCUGGACGGUGGAGAACAACAGAAGAUUGGCAUCAAAGGCAUCAUCACUGUCAGUAAACCAAUUCAGUUCAAGAGCUCGGUCAAGACGUAUCAGCAGGAGGUGACGUUCAUGGAGACAUUUGUGUUUGCGAUGCGGCUGCAGCAGUUGUGUUGCAGUGCUCUGGUGCUCCGCCUGCAGUCGCACUCGUCCCGCAAGAGGACAGUGGCCGAGUGUGUCCUGUCACUGCGCACCCUCUGCCCCACGGAGACGGAGCACUGGCUGGAGCUCCACACACCCUCCAAAUCCUCUAUGUAUCACUCAGAAGUGCACCUCUCCACAUGUUUCCAGCCGGUGAACGGUCGAAUCCAACUGCAGAUCCACAAAGUACAAAACCUGCCUCCGUCCUCCUCUCCUCUCACUCAGGUGUUCUUUGUGAAAGCGGAGUUGCAGCAGUGCGACCGUGUGCUGAUGAAGAGGAAGACCAAAGCGCUGAAGGCCUCUGCUGGAGUGUGCGAGUGGAGGGACACGGGGCACUUCCAGUUAGAGUCAUUGGAGCAGCCGUGUUCACUCAAUGUCAGACUGUACAGCCGCUCCUCUGUGCGGAGGAAACAGUGUCUGGGGCAGAUCCUGUUGGGAUUGGACAGCCCAGUCCCCGAGGCCGUGGAUCAAUGGAAGGACACAAUGGUUCAUCCGGAGAAAGUGGUGACCGCCUGGCAUCGACUCAGCCCUCCUUGA